AGAAGCCACAAACUGUCUUAGGGCAAAAACUUCGAGUAGCCAAGUUUACAGCUUGGUCAUUUCUUUCUUUUUACUGUCAGUUUUACACGGCUUGUUUCCUUUCCACCCUCCCCUUAUGUAUGGAGCAGUGUCUGGACUAACUGUGCUGAUAAGGAGCGAACAGCAACAAGGGGGGGAUAGAGGAACUUUAGUUUGUUACUGAACAGCCUGGAAACAGACUGGAAGCAGACUGAAGAAUCCAAGCUCUCACACAUCCACCCUAUCCUUGUAAGAACCCUACAACCCAUUAAAAACUAGGUUUCAUUAAGAUCAACAAACCUCUUAUUUAAAGAGGUGUAUGCAACAGACUCAUCUAUUGGAUCAUAAAAAAUCCAGAGUUUAUUUUUCAGUGUCUUUGCCAGAGUAUAAACUCUUUCACCAGUGAAAAGAAAAAAAAAACGUGGCAGGGAAGAGCUGGUCUGUUUCAGAUCCUUUUUAAGUCACACUACUAGGUAGAAUAAAUACACAAUCAGUGAAGUUCGUUCUGCCUGUAAUACUCCUCACAUUGCCAUUGGACUUAUUCUGCUUGUCGUUUUAAUUUUGGCAGAGGCGGGACACUGCAGGCUCACUUAUGACACUUUUAAGAUUUUAGAGAGUUGUUUGAAUCAAAUACCUGAAGAAUAGUUACACAUUGUUCCUGAAGAAUAAAAGUGCAACAGAGAAUAAAUUGGGGCAGACCGCUGUCAUAUUCUGCUUGCCUCAGCUACACGAAGAGGAAACCAAAAAGGAGGGGUGUGCAAGUGAGACACAGUAUGCAGAUAUGGAUCGGAAUGGGGAAUGUUCCCCAAAGAUGAACCAUGAUAUUAUCAGCCCUGGGGAUGCCCCCAUUUCUCAAGAUGCAUACAAUUUAGCCGCUGCCGCCGCUGCUGCAGCAUCCUUUGGAUUAAAAUGGCCCUCCAACAAAAUAGCUGAUGAUCUCGCUAAUUCUUAUUGGCCAGGAGUUUGGUUGCCAGAAAAGAGAGGAAGCACUUGUGAAACUUCAGAAGAACCAGAAGUGGAUGUGAGAGAAAGAGACACUCAGAGAGACAGACAGCGAGAGAGGAGGGUGAGAGACCGGACUUUCAGAGACUUUUGCCCUGACAACCCCAUGCAGUUCGGUACGAGGACGCCGGCAAGCGAGCCCGGGUACAUGGGGGCAUGGCAGAACUGUGAUGCUAACCUUCUCUUCAGAAUGUCCCAACAGGCCAUCCGAUGUACACUUGUAAAUUGCACAUGCGAAUGUUUCCAACCUGGGAAGAUUAACCUGAGAACCUGUGACCAGUGUAAACAUGGCUGGGUGGCACACGCUUUGGACAAGCUCAGCACACAGCACCUGUACCACCCGACACAAGUGGAAAUUGUACAGUCUAACGUGGUGUUUGACAUCAGCAGCCUCAUGCUGUACGGUACACAGGCUGUACCUGUACGGCUCAAAAUCCUACUGGACCGGCUCUUUAGUGUACUGAAACAAGAAGAGGUACUGCACAUCCUACAUGGCCUGGGAUGGACGCUGCGGGACUAUGUCCGUGGAUACAUACUUCAAGACACUGCAGGCAAAGUACUGGACCGAUGGGCCAUUAUGUCUCGUGAAGAAGAGAUUAUUACCCUUCAACAGUUUCUGAGGUUUGGAGAGACAAAAUCCAUUGUUGAACUCAUGGCUAUCCAAGAGAAAGAAGGUCAGGCUGUUGCUGUUCCCUCUUCCAAGGUCGAUUCAGAUAUUAGGACUUUCAUAGAAAGCAAUAAUAGGACCAGAAGCCCCAGUGUUCUUUCACAUUUGGAGAACAGUAACCCUUCCAGUAUUCACCACUUUGAGAAUAUGCCCAACAGCCUUGCCUUCUUGCUUCCAUUCCAGUAUAUUAAUCCAGUCUCUGCUCCUAUGCUUGGAUUACCCCCCAAUGGUCUCAUGUUGGAGCAUCCUGGAUUACGGUUGCGUGAGCAGAACAAUUUAAACCAGAAUGAAUGUGAAGAGACCAGUGAGUCAGAGGUCUCCCCCAUGCCUUACAGUAGAAGUGAGCAGACAUCCAGUAGGAAUGCUUUGAGUAGCAUAACUAAUGUAGAGCCAAAAACAGAGCCAAGCAAUGCCUCACCUUCUCACUCUACUACUUCUGUUAGUGACCUAAACAAAUCAGAACACACCAAAAGCUCCUUCAAGAUCCACAGAAUGAGGAGGAUGGGGGCAUCAUCAAGGAAAGGCAGGGUAUUUUGCAAUGCAUGUGGCAAAACUUUCUAUGACAAAGGAACCCUAAAAAUACACUACAAUGCAGUUCACCUUAAGAUCAAGCACCGAUGCACUAUUGAAGGUUGCAACAUGGUUUUCAGCUCCCUUAGAAGUCGUAAUCGUCACAGUGCAAAUCCUAAUCCCCGACUUCACAUGCCAAUGCUGAGGAACAAUAGAGACAAAGACUUAAUUCGUGCAACAUCAGGUGCUGCUACCCCUGUAAUCGCAAGUACGAAGUCAAACCUGACAUUGACCAGCCCUGGUCGGCCACCCAUGGGGUUUUCAACUCCACCUUUAGACCCUAUAUUACAGAACACUCUUUCCAGCCAUCUAGUAUUCCCAGCUUUAAAGACUGUGCAACCUGUCCCUCCUUUUUACAGAAGUUUAUUAAAUUCAGGAGAUAUGGUGAGCCCUCCAGCAUCACUACCUACUAGUCCAAUAUUGCCAACACCUCUAGGUGUGGAACAGUCUGUUCCACCUCCACCUGCAGAGCUGUCCACAUCAGCUUUGGCAGUGCCAACACAGGACUCUAAUGCAGAGCUGGCGCCUAAAAAGAAACCACGGAAGUCAAGUAUGCCUGUUAAGAUUGAGAAAGAAGUAAUUGAUACAGCUGAUGAGUUUGAUGAAGAAGAUGAAAGUAUUGGCCAUGGAACUUCUACAAAUGAUAUUGGCCAUGAUAGUCAAAGCCUAUCCCAAGACGAGAUGAGUCCUGGACUAUCCAUUAAUAGCUAUUCUAAAACUAGCAGCAAUCGGUGCAUUAUGAGAUCAGAUACCAGAGCAAACAGCAUAGCCUCAGAAGAUCAGGAGCAUGAGAGAGAUUUUGAAAAUGAGUCAGAAUCCUCUGAGCCAAAAUAUUGUGAUGAACCCAUGGAAGAUGAUCGUCUUCCUAUUCACAAAGAAAACAGUGUCAGAUCUAUGAUUGACAAUAAUAAACCAUAUGAAAAUCACAUUGAUUGUCACCAACAAGCUGUCAUAAAAGUCAAAGAAGAGUUUACUGACCCUACAUAUGACAUGUUUUAUAUGAGCCACUACGGACUUUACAAUGGGGGCAGUGCAAGCAUGGCUGCUCUUCAUGAGAGUUUAGCUUCCACAUUGAGUUAUGGGAGCCCUCAAAAAUUCUCUCCAGAUGGUGACCUAUGCUCAAGUCCCGAUCCAAAAAUCUGCUAUGUAUGUAAGAAGAGUUUUAAAAGUUCAUACAGUGUAAAGCUGCACUAUAGGAAUGUCCAUUUGAAAGAAAUGCAUGUCUGCACAGUAGCUGGCUGCAAUGCUGCUUUUCCUUCACGAAGGAGUAGAGACAGACACAGUGCCAACAUUAACCUCCACCGCAAACUAUUGACCAAAGAACUGGAUGAGAUGGGGCUGGACUCCUCUCAGCCCAACCUCCGUGAUGAGCUUUUGGCAAAGAUCUAUGGCGGUCAGCAUGCAUUAGGGUUUGAUGGCAGAGAAGAAACAGCCUCACCAGCUGGUACAGAAGAUUCCCAUAUCAACGGUUAUGGUCGGAGCAUCGCAGAAGACUACAUGGUCCUAGACUUGAGCACGACCUCCAGCAUCCAGUCCAGCAGCAGCAUCCAUUCCUCCAGGGAGUCUGAUGCGGGCAGUGAUGAGGGCAUUCUUCUGGAUGACAUUGAAGGAGUCAGUGACAGUGAGGAAUCCUCUCAUAAAGCAGAAGCCCCUGCUUCCAUCCCAGGUUUGGGAAGUGAUAUAAUGGAAUCUUCCUUGUAUAACAGCUUUGCCAUGACUAAUGGUGGAAUAAUGUGCAACAUUUGCCACAAAAUGUACAGCAACAAGGGGACCCUAAGGGUUCAUUACAAGACAGUGCACUUGAGGGAAAUGCAUAAGUGUAAAGUCCACGGGUGCAACAUGAUGUUCUCCUCUGUACGCAGCCGAAAUCGGCACAGUCAAAACCCCAACCUUCAUAAAAACAUUUCUUUCACUUCUGGGGAAUAGCUUCCAAACGAACACUGCAAACUUAACUUCUCGCAGAUUAUGGACCUGAACUGCUUCAUAUUUAUAUAUACAUACAUAUGUAAAAUAUAUAUGUAUGUUAUAUAUAUCUAAAUAUAUAUAUAUAUAUAAAUAUAAUUAUAUAUAUUCUUUUUUAACUAAAAGAAAAAAAAUACAAACACUAGGUGCUUUUUUAUUUUCAUUAAAAGGGUGAAUUGCCCUCAAGAGGACUAAAGGAAAAAAAAUAAACAAACACAACAGACUUGCAAUCACAAUCCCAUUUUUUUUGUUACGGAAUGAAGUUCUUUGUUUUCUCCAAAUAUGGUGUCUUAAUAUACCAGUGAUUGUUGCCUGCAAAAGAAAAAUACAAAUCAAAAAAAUUGAACAAAUUUUAAAGAAAAAAAAACGAAAAAAAAACAAACAAACACACCUUUCUUCAAAUUGUCUUUGUGUAUUUUAGGGGAAGACGAGACUAAGCAUGGCAGACUCACCUGUAUAUAUGGAUCGCCCCAUGGGGUGGACAGUGUUAAAACAGAUGUAUUGAUGGUUGUGGACUUUAAUUAUUUUUUUUUUGCAGUUAAACCCAAUUUUAUGCAGGAUGAUAAGUUGCUGUCUAGCUCUGCUCAUUUGUUUUAGCUUGAAUGCACAUUUUGCAACACAGAAACACAACCAAGUUUGAACUACCUGCUAGUGUUCUAGUUAACCCUGUGCUUUACGGCACUAACAUUAAACUGAUAUUUCCUUUGUCUUUUUUUUUGUACUAUCUGCAUAAAAGCAGUCAUGCACUUUUAUUCCCCUACACUACAAGGGAUGUGUAAAGAUAUCCUUUUUUUUUUUUUUAACUCUUCAGUGCACAAAAAAUCUUCCUUCAGGCAUAGCUAUGUUUUAUCUAAAGGUACUGAAGUGGCAAUUUUAUGCCGUCCUAUUGAGAUGUUUAGCAAACGAGUGCUGAUCAGCUAAAGGCCAUAGCUGCCAAAUCAAAAGUAUUAAUAAAUGUGUUUUUCAAAAUGUAAAAAAUAAUGUAAACUGCCAACUUUGCACAUAUCACUAAUUUUCAUGAAACAUUCACUUAAGCUGGAAGCCAUAUAAUGUGUAUUUCCUCUAAAAAUGUUAUAUAAAAAUAGACUUUUCUUCUGAACACUGAGGAUCUUUACAUUAUUAUUGCAUAACUAUAAAGUGGGAACAAAACUAUAAUUCCAUUUUACUUUUUUUGUGGCUGCUCAUUCCUAGAUCACAUUCAAAUGGUAAAAUUAACAAUAGCAACAGUAGUGGCAACACACAUUUUAAAUUAAAUCAAUGAAGAUUUUUUUGUUAAGCUUAUUACUGUAAUGUGAUUCACCCUAUGUCUUAGAUGCCACACUACAAAAUCUACAGUACCAGUUUUGCAUUUUUUUUUAAAGAAUGUGUUUAUAUCUUAUAUUGAAAGUCUUAAAUUUGCUUUACUUUUUUAUAUGGUACAGCAUAAAGAGAUAUUUCAGACUCAUAAAGGGACAUGAAACCCCAAUUUUAUGUCAUGAUUCAGAUAGAGCUUGUGAUUUUAAACAACUUUCUAAUUUAAUUCUUUUGCUGCUGAUUGGUGGUUGCACUUAUAUAUGCCUCGUUUUAUUGGCUCACCCAGUGCGUUAAAUAGCUCCCAGCAGUGCAUUGCUGCUUUUUCAACAAAGGAUACCAAGAUAAUGAUGCAAAUGAGAUAAUAUAAGUAAAAUGGAGAGUUGUUUAAAAUUGUAAUCUCUGUCUUGAUAAUGAAAGAAAUAUUUUGGGUUUCAUAUCCCUUUAACUGUGUUUUUCGUUCAAAUUUCCAAUUUAAGUAAGUUAUAGAAAUUUAAAUUAUUAAGCCUUUGUUUAAAGGAGAUAUCUAAGCUUCUUUUAGUGUGGGCAGCAUUGUUUUUGUUUUUACACCAUGGUGAAGACAAAAUAUUUCUGCUUAAUUAAAACAAAGAGAUUAUGGGCUCCAUUUAUCAACUGCCGGGUGGACGAGGUGCACUAUCAUUUGUCUGCCUGGCGUCACAGCGAGCAGGCAGCAUCCCCAGCCAGCGUUUAACAUUGCACAAGCCACUGCUUGUGCAAUCAUGCUCCCUGCUUGCUUGCUGCCAAUCGCGCACGAGCAGGGGCUGUCAAUCAUCUUGAUUGGAUCUGAUUGGGAUGACUGAAAUCUGCCACACAAUAAAUUAUUACAACUCACUAGUUUAGAUAAACAGAUGUUCCUGGGGUAAAUAGAAUACUUUUUGUUUUUAAGCUUAUGAAGGUGUUUUAUUAUCCACCUACAGAGAUGUUGGAACUGCCCUGUAAGUAACUGAUACAUUCUCUUUGUUUUAAAAUCAGUUUAGCAUUAGCAUAACCUUUUCAAGCAGUUUUUUUUAACAUGUCUAAAUACAUGUUGCAUUUGAGUUAAAUGUCCCUUUAAAUAGUUCUUUUAAAGUGGAAUGCCUUAGCCUACAACAGAAAAGUGUGCUGCUUGGAUUUUAUCUGUGACUAUGGGGCAUAUUUCUUAAGCUCCAUAUGGAGCUUGAUGCCCCGUGUUUUCGGCUAGCAUUCAGGCUUGCCGGAAACAGAAGUUAUGAAGCAGCGGUCUAAAGACCGCUGCUCCAUAACCUGUCCGCCUGCUCUGAGGCGGUGGACAGAAAUCAACCUGAUCGAAUAGGAUCGGGUUGAUUGACACCCCCUGCUAGCGGCCAAUUGGCCGCGAAUCUGCAGGGGGCAGUAUUGCACAAGCAGUUCACAAGAACUGCUGGUGGAAUGAUAAAUGCCGAGAGCGUAUGCUGUCAGCAUUUAUCGAUGUGCAGCGGCCAUUAUCCGCUAUAUCGGAUCAUGUCCGCUCGCAGCAUAAUAAAUAGGCCCCUAUGUGUAGAUAAGGCAUACAAAUAUGUGCAUAGUAUGUCUUUAAAAAUAUUAAUAUUACAUCCCAAAUUUACAAUCAAGUACUAUAUUUCUGUUAAGUGUUAUAGAUAGCCUCCCCUAGGUAUAGCCAUCAUAUGGACCCCUUGGCAUCUCAACUGAAAAGGUAAACAUAUAAAACCAUUUGAGAUUGUCCUAAUCUUAUUUGUUUUAUUUAAGACUCACACGUCCUCGCAAAAGAGGACAACAGCAGACACACUUAAAAAUAAUAAACACAUGCAUUACCUCAGAUUGGAAACAUGCAUGCUGCUGUAAAAAAAUGAGAAAGAAAGAAAAAUAUUUGUUGUAUUCCAGAAUUUUUGUUUUGUUUUUGUUUGUUUUUUUUACCAGGGAACUACACUUAGAAAAUUACAAAAAAGCACUUUUUUUUUUUUUUUUUUUUAAACCAUUUUGUUUCCGGUGUUUACGCAUUUCGCCUGAGCUGGUAAGCCACACAGACAGCUUACAUUACCACAAAGUGUACUAGCAUAAUCAUAUUUACAUAAGCUCAGCACCCUGUCAAUUUUUUCAAUCUCUAUCUGCAUUGUAACCUCUGUCUUUCUAGUUUCCAAUACCUCUUACAAAAGUAUAUAAACUCACAGAAAUUCUAGUUAUAUUGUUUUGUAACAAAAAAACACAGGUCUUACAAUACAUUUUCUUAAGUUCCAGCAUCAGUUGGUUAUAAUUAAUCCUCAUUUUUUUUUAAUAUAUAUAUAUAUUUGCAGUAAAUGUCUCAUGUUUGCCAAAGGAAUUUUUUUAUAUAUGCGUCUAUUUUUGUUCUUGUUUGAUUUAUUGUACAUGACACUCGUUAUGGAUUCCAAUCAUAUGCAUUGCUAGCAGACAAGACAGUAUUUACAUUCACUCUGAUUGCUGAAUCUUUACUUUGUUAACAAAGAACUGUUCCAAAAUGCCCAAAAGGAAUGAUCGUUAAUGUUUUUGUUUCCUGGGUCUACGGUGAUUAAAGACUGAAAAUACUUGCGAAACCAGUAAAAUACUUGUUUUUUUCUUUUUAAUUUAAAGUUACAUAUGUCCAACACUAAUGUUUACUGAGAAAAGCUGAGGAAUUUUUUGAUGACCAUUUUUUUGGGAAAUGUCACUGAGUUUUAAGUACUACUCUCGGUUAAAUUGAAAAUGCAUUCAGCUUUGUUUUUAUACUGUUCAUGUAUACUGUAUGUGUUUGUUAAAAUUGCAACCGGAAUAAGUAAAGUGUACUCUUCUUACUGAGGCUGUGUAUGUGUGUUAGUAGCAACAUUCCGUUAAACAACUCCUGUUCUCACCGCUGAAAGCUGAUGCAAGUGUGUUUCACGUUUGAGAGCCUUUAACGGGAGUUCUCAAAGACACAAUUUUCACUGUAUGAUACAACACGUUUUAUUAAUAAAAGGAAAAAAAUUGUGACUUCAAAA